CUCUGGACCGGGUGCACCUGCUGGUUGCGGGGCUGUCUGCAGCCCAGGAAGCUGGCUGGGGCAAUGUCUUUCCUUUAAGACACUGCGCUUCCUACAGUAGCUUCGGCUUCUCUUUGCACCGGAACUUUCUCCCCUCUUGGUCAGACUGAGAUGUUGAUGGGCUGUUGCCUGGGUCUCCUGCAUGCGGCCAGCUGAGCAUCCUUUGACUCCAGUGCUUGUGCUUUGCCCUGGACUCCCGGAUCAGACUCCGCUGCCCUUUCUAGUCGAACAGGUUUUCCAAGCCGCAGCAGUUUCGGGGAGCUGCCGAUAUGGUUGGUCCCAGCUACGAAGGGGCAGUUGCAGCCACUCUGCAGGACAUGCUGGAGUAACUGUGUUUGACGGGACCCAUACCCUGUGAACUCUCCAAGGAUGAGAGUGUGUGCUAAGUGGGUGCUGCUGUCACACUGGCUGCUUCUGGCCUAUGUGCUAAUGGUCUGCUGUAAGCUGACGUCCGCCUCAAGCCAGCACCUCCGGGGACAUGCAGGCCACCACCUAAUCAAGCAGGGUACCUGUGAGGUGGUCGCCGUGCACCGCUGCUGCAAUAAGAACCGCAUAGAGGAACGCUCUCAAACUGUCAAAUGUUCCUGCUUCCCAGGCCAGGUGGCUGGCACAACUCGGGCACAGCCUUCUUGUGUUGAAGCUUCCAUUGUGAUUGAGAAGUGGUGGUGCCACAUGGAUCCUUGCUUGGAAGGAGAGGAUUGCAGAGUGCUUCCAGACUCCUCCGGUUGGUCCUGCAGCAGUGGCAAUAAAGUCAAAACCACCAAGGUGACACGGUAGCAGACAAGGAAGUGUCUGACCCUGAGGGGCAUCAGGAUGCAGAGCUGUGCUGUGUGGAUUGCCAGUCUAGUGAGAACUCAUCUUGGAUCUCAGAAAUUCACAACUGCAAUACAUGCAUCGUAAACAGUGGCAUUUACCCAACUGCCCCUGCUUUCUGCUUUGUGAUCUUAUCACACUGACCCACAACUACAAAUGGCUACUCAACUGACACAUUCUGAUCCCAAAAGGACAGAGCAGGAGACAUGCUGGAGGGGACCUAAGUGAGCAGCACUGGGGGAACCUGGCUCUUCACUUUCUGCCUUUCCCUGGAACAUGGACAGGAAGUCCAAUGAACCCCAUUUGCUCUUCUUUCAGAUAUGUCCUUUAGCCAUUAUACAGAAGGUAUGAAGAGACUCUAAAUGACAGAAGAUUUGGCUAACAUAUAUGUGUUGUAGAUUGAAGAACUCAAAUUAUCUGGUGCAGAAAACUUACUGUAUGAACCUUGGAGAAUGAAAGGACUCGUUAGGUUAUUGUGUAUGCAUUUGUAUUUUUUCCUUUUGAUAAUUUAACAUGUUUACCUUUUUAGUUCCAUUCCUACAUUUGCAGAGACACAGCAGAAACAUUUUAACCUUGGUGUGCCGUUAACUGAGUUCUAAGGGAAAUAAACUAACAGUAGAGUUUUAUAACCAAAGCUUUAUCAUGACAUUCACAAAGUAACAUAAUCAUGUUGGGGUUUUAUGACUUGGGUCUAAUCAGAUGGAAGAACCAUUUAAAAUAUAGGACAAUUUCUGUUUAGAGUAAGGGUGAUUUCUUAGAUUCACUUUAUGCCAAUUCUAUGGAAAUAUUUUUGUUAUCUCCUAGGAGCCUUUAAAGGCUAAAUAUUUACAUUCCAGAUGACGCUAGCCUAACAUGGUUCUUUCUAUCCCCGUUUGUCAGCUCUCUUACCUCUUUAAAUGUAAAUAAAACCUCAGCCAUUUCUCCUCCUGUUUUAAUGAUUUCAUAGAUACUGUCAUACAGAAACAUAAGAAACAAAGAAAAAUUGGCACAAGUUUGGAAAGCGAUAUUAUUUAUGUACAUGCUGUAAUGUGGGACUGAUUGUAUAUAUUAAGAAAUGUUGAAAAUAUACUUGCUGCACCA